UACGCGCUCACAAUUGUAUUAUGUUGAGUAUAAUUUUUAGGAAAUAAUGUCUGUCAAAUUUUGCGUUCUUCUCGUGGCCGGACUUCUAACAUCCGCUCUCAGUCAAUGCUCGGGUCGUGGCUGGUACGAGGGCCUGGGCGGCGAAGGACCGGGUUUCAGCUCCUGGUACAACCGUUACGGUAACCGUGUCUUAGUAGACCUUGCAACGAAUUCAGCUCUGGGAGCGUCUAAUGGAGGAAGUUUCGCAGUGACCAGCGUGAGCCCAUGUGCUCCUACCGGCAUUGCCUUGUCAUCCCAAAACAUUUACGAAGGUCCUGUUGGUGUGGCCGGCAAUCUACCUUUCCUUGGAACUGCUGCCGUCGAAGAAACCUUCAAGUCCAUUGGUGUUGGCCAUAUAUCGUCUCAAUGUGGGGACGGGGUCGUGGCUAUAAGAGCUGAAAGUCCCGUCUCUGCUAUUACACCAAGCCCUGUGCCUGCAGUCCGGGGAGUGGUCAAUGGGCUACUAGGCCAAGGUACGGAAUGUGGCUGUGCUUCUUACUAGAAUUACAAUGUAAGAAUAUGAUUAAACAAAAUGGAAAAAAA